AUGUCAAAGAAAGCCAAGCACGUCCCCAACGCCUGGGACGAUGAGGACUGGGAGGUCCUCGCCGAUCGCGCCGAGAAGGAAGCUGCCAAAGAAGCAGCCCAAGAACCACCCGUCCGAUUAAGCAAAUCCGAGCGUCUCGCUCUUCACCACGAUGAAUCCCCCGAACCAUUUCACUUUCUUGAGGCCUCCUCAAACGUCCCGCUCGCUACAGCCUACAAGACCCAAGUAAAAGUCCUCUCACGGAAACCAGUCAUCGCUAAGCGUGACCCCUCCGGCGCCAACGCGAAUGGGUCCCUCGGCGAUGAUGACGGCGAGGAGGACAAGGAAGAGGAGAAGGAGGACAAGGUGGCGGCCGAGGCGCGCAUAGCGCUAGAAAAGUCCAUUCUCGAGGAGAAGCAGAGGGCGUACGAUGAGGCGCGGAGGCGCAUAUUCGGCGAGGAAGCCGGGUCGGAGGAGCAGAAGCAGGCGGCGGCAAGGUCUGAUGGUAACAGUGGUUCACCUAGAGGGUUGGGCAGGGGUAGGGGGAGGGGAAGGGGUGGUAGGGGCAGGGGCUUCUCGGGAGUUGCGACGGGGACGGGGAGGAAUAGUGGCGACUCGAGGGGCGGCUCACCGGCGAGGCCGGCGCAAUCUGGAAAUCGGGAGUUGUACGACCCGGGUUACACCCCAAAGUCAGGGGGUGUAUUACUCCAGAGACCAGACGGGGGGCAGCAAGUAAAACAGGGUGGCGCGCGAGACUAUAACCAAAUCGCAGCAGUAAGAGAGCCGAGGGGACCGGACGGAUCCGGAAGAGGGGGCUUUGGAUUUGCGCGGAGAGGCGCGCGGGGCUCCUGA